AUGGAGGACCCUGAGAAGAAGCUGAACCAGAAAAGUGAUGGCAAACCACGGAAAGUACGCUUUAAAAUCUCUUCCUCCUACAGUGGCAGAGUGUUGAAGCAGGUCUUUGAGGAUGGGCAGGAAUUAGAGUCGCCAAAGGAGGAAUACCCUCACAGUUUUCUCCAAGAGUCCCUUGAACCAAUGGAUGGUGUUUAUGGGUCUGGGGAAGCCCCCAAACCCCAGCCAUACUCCCCUAAGCUGACUGCUCAAAGGAUCAGCGUAUUUAGAGAGGGCAAUGCCUACACUUUGACGGGCAGCCAGCCUUUCUUCAAUGACUACAAAGCGAAUGAUCAUAAGUCCCCACCUAUUAUAGAUUUUGGAAAGAUCAUCAUCUACACGAAUAACUUGAAAAUCAUUCGAACCCCCAUGGACAAGAGAGACUUCAUGAGGAAAAUUCUCCAGAAGGAAGAGGAGGCUGAGGAGGAGUCUCUGAUGAACAAAGAAGAAAUCUACGGAGACAGUGACCAGAACGAUGGGCAUUUGCCAGACGCAGGAGGCACAUUCCCCCAUAACCAGUACCCACAGGAAGGGGAGCUUCCCGAGGACAACUGUUUUCACUGCCGAGGGUCGGGCAGCGCCACCUGCUCCCUGUGCCACGGCAGCAAGUUCUCCAUGUUGGCCAACAGAUUUAAGGAGUCCUAUCGGGCCCUGCGGUGCCCUGCCUGCAAUGAGAAUGGCCUGCAGCCUUGCCAGAUUUGCAAUCAAUAG